CGGGGGAAACGAGUUGCGGCUAGCGCCCUAUAAAGGCAGCAGUAUCCGAAGUAGCCCUCACAGACCCUGGCCCCGCUUCUCUCCUCAGAUCCAGGCACUGCAGGCAAGACGUGACUGCAGCUGACCCCCGGUCCCCUUGGCCCAGCCUCGGACCUGGCUACCCCGGGAGCUGCACCUGAAUCCUGAGGCUUGAGUUGCCUUCUCUGCCCGAGCCAUAUCCUGACCUCCACUCCAAACAGGUCGGCCCAGCCAUGGCUCUCCUCUGGGCCCUCUUCCUAGCACUUAUAGCAGUCACUUAUGCUGAGACUCCAGGGUGCAAGAUCCGGGUCACUUCCAAAGCCCUGGAGCUGGUAAAGCAAGAAGGACUGAAGUUCUUGGAGCAGGAGCUAGAAACCAUUACCAUCCCAGACCUUCGGGGCAGUGAGGGCCCAUUCUCUUACAACAUCUCUGAGGUGAAGGUGACCAAACUGCAGCUGGUCCAGUCAGAACUGUACUUCCAGCCAAACCACGACCUGAUCCUGUACAUCAGCAAUGCCUCCAUCAGCCUCCGCUUCCGCCGGCAGCUGCUCUACUGGUUCCUUUACGACGGGGGCUACGUGGAUGCUUCGGCCGAAGGUGUGUCCAUCCAUACGGCCCUGCAGUUGGCCAGAGACCCUGGCGGUCGAAUGAAAGUUUCCAACGUCUCCUGUGGAGCUUCUGUCUCCAAGAUGCACGCUGCCUUUGGGGGGACCUUCAAGAAGAUCUAUGAGUUCCUCUCUACUUUCAUCAUCUCAGGCAUGCGCUUCCUUCUCAACCAACAGAUCUGCCCCGUGCUACACCAUGCGGGGCUGGUCCUGCUCAAUUCCCUCCUGGACACAGUGCCGGUACGCAGUGCAGUGGACCAGCAUGUUGGUAUAGACUAUUCCCUCCUGAGUGAUCCAGUGACCUCAGCCAGCAACCUGGACAUGGAUUUCCGGGGAGCCUUCUUCCCUCUCUCGGAGGCCAACACCAGCUUCCCUAACCAGGCUGUGGAGCCUCAGCUUCAGGAAGAGGAAAGAAUGGUCUACGUGGCCUUUUCUGAGUUCUUCUUUGACUCUGCCAUGGAUAGUUAUUUUCGGGCUGGAGUGCUUCGGCUGGAGCUUGUUGGGGACAAGGUGCCCAAAGACCUGGACAUGGUACUGAGGGCCACUUUCUUCGGAAGCAUCAUCUUGUUGAGCCCAGCAGUGAUCGAUGCGCCUCUGAAGCUGGAGCUGCAGGUCCUGGCCCCCCCGCGAUGCACCAUCAAGCCUUCGGGCACCACCAUCUCCGUCACCGCCAGCCUCGUCAUUGCCCUGGCGCCCCCCGACCUGCCCCAAGUGCAACUCUCCAGCAUGACCAUGGAUGCCCGUCUCAGUGCGAAAAUGGCUCUUCGGGGGAAGGUACUUCAGGCGCAGAUGGAUUUACGCAGGUUUCGCAUCUAUUCAAACCAGUCUGCCUUGGAGUCCUUGGCACUGAUUCCCUUGCAGGCCCCACUGAAGACGCUGCUCCAGAUCGCAGUCAUGCCCCUGCUCAAUGAGCGAACCAAGCGAGGAGUGCAGAUACCGCUCCCUGAGGGCAUCGACUUUGUCAAAGAGGUGGUGACCAACCAGGCAGGAUUCCUGACCAUUGGGGCCGAUCUCCACUUUAGCAAGGGGCUUCGUGAGGUGAUUGAAAAGAACCGGCCAGCUGGUGACCAUGGGCCCACUUCCUCUCCACCUCAAUCUGUUGCCCCUACCUCCUGAACAGGUUUCCAGGAGGUGUCCACUCUUUCGUUCAUGGAAGUUCAACCUCCCCUUUUUCUCUCUCAAAAUGUACUGGAAUCAAUCCCUGCUCUUUCAAUAAAGCCCUCUCCACCCCCUUUUCCCAGUCAGGACUCAGAGACAGAA